AUCCUGACCGGUUUGUUACGUUAACAAUAUCGAUGUCCGGUACCAGUCGGUCAAAGUUUGAUCUCUCAAGGGUCAUCGCAUUUGAAAACAGCAGCCUUUCUUUUGGAGCGAAAUUUCAGCCUAUGUUUGGAGAGAAAAGUUUACGAGUUAAUCAUAAUUGUGGUCAAGAAUUAUUUCAAUCAACAAAAACUCUUAUGUCACAAUUGAAAACAGUUGGGAAAGUGAAUAUGACCUCUUUGCAAAUGGCAAAUAAUCGGAAGUAUGCACCAUAAAGUUGGAGUUUGUUUGGUUGGGCUUUGCUUUGCUGUUUCGAUUGGUUUUUUGUUGUUUACAGACCCGACAAAACUGCAAAACACAAAAGCACAGCCAGUGGAGGAAACUAAACAUGAACCAACAGACUCUUUGCGUAAUAAGACGCGCCCUCGAAAACAAGUGAAGAAUUCUCAGUGUUUCAAGGACCGAUUCGCGGACAUCCUUCUAGUGAUUAUCUACAACCAUCCUUUGUAUGACAGUGCUGAUCUACUGAGAGAAUUUUACCAGCCAGCAUUUCCAAAUAUCUAUUUCUGUGGUGAGAUAGCCAAUACAACUUUCAACGUGCAUGCUUCGCAAAUAAACAAAGGUAUAUACGGAUAUAAAUGCCUUGCUGAUGCUAUCGAAGCAAACCCGCAUUUUUCAGGAUAUCUUUAUAUCAAUGAUGACGUCAUUGUUAAUUAUUGGAACCUCGUUAAGGCCCGGUUCAACUUUAGCCACGUUGGAGUAUCAUCUAACCAGUUUGGAAAAGUUGACAUAAAAGAGGCCAUGCCAACGAAUUGGUACUGGUGGAUAUCACCGUAUGGUUUCUCAAACUGCCAGAAAUCUAUAAAAGAAAUCAGUUUAUUGAAAAAGCAUUCCCUAUUUUUUAAAAAUGCUGUCGAUAUGUUUGAUAUAAACGGAAAGGGCGAAAACUAUUGCCAUAAUGGCAGGUCUGAUAUUGUUUACAUCCCUCGUCAAGUUUCCAUGGCAUUUUAUGAACUUUCCAACAUUUUCUACAAGCACCACGUGUUCCUAGAGAUCGCGAUUCCAACGAUUCUUAGAUAUUUGAGCAAAGAGAAAGAGAUAUCAACAUUGCAUGGAAUGUAUUUGCCGGGAGACGUACGAAAGAAAGAUCCGCGAGUAACGGACAGUAGAUAUUUCUGGACUACAUACCUAAAAAGAGAGUCGUUAUGGUUCAUCCACCCUUUUAAGCUACAUCAUUACGAGGAUCAUAACAGAGACCUUAACAUAGAGUUGAUGAAGAGGAUAAUGAUUCGCAAAAGUACGGAGCUCACAAGAUGCUAAUGGAACUGUCAAAAUGAUCGAAUUUCUCAUGAUUCUAGGAUUCAAGGAAUCUGCUAGGACACAACAUGCUCGUUGUUGGUUAUCUAUCAUCAAAGAUUUAACAAUAUUCGUUAAUAUUUAUUAAACGUACAAUCUGUUUGCAUUGCUUUGCGUUAAUAACAAUCUUUUGAUGGCACAAAAUUUAAAAAUGACUUAUGACUUUAAAAUGACUUCAAAAAUGAAUAGGCCAAUCAGGAACGCGAGCACAUGACUGUCGAGGUUGCCCAGUCAGCGCCACUUGCCUAUAGAGAAUGUUACCAAUGAAGUCCUAAUGUGAAAACGAACACCUUCUGUCUGCAAAAGCGGUUUUUCGUGUUUAUGUAGAUAAUUUCCAAAAACUGUUAGGUAAAUUGUAGCAUGUUUCAAAAUGUUUGCUUUUUCAAACCCAGUGCGUUUAUAGUAAAUAAAUCAACCUCAAGGAAAAUUCGAUUCCCUUGCCUUUUGAAUCGUUUAGCAAAAACACAAACCCUUUUUAACAAAAGGCCCUAUAAUUGCGUUGGAACCUUAUGUAUGCACAAAAUUUAGAAAAAUAAUAUCAGUGAGAUUUGGGUCGGCAACUGCGUCACUCGUCUGGUUAGCCUAUUGGUGCAUAAAGGUGCAUUUAAUGUUACACAGAAUUUGCAACUUGCGAAUUUCAUUUCACUAUGCAACAAUUUAACCCAGUUUUAUAAAAGCAGCAGACUGGCCCUUCACUGCCAGAGGACAUUGGGACUCUAGUAAUAGCCAUCUACUGUAGCAUCCUUCUUGUCAUUUGCUGCUUCGUAAAUCGUACGUCCAAUUGUCUUAAUUCCAAAAAGCCAAUAUUCAAAUCAUUUUUAUGUUGUCCUCAUGCUUUUGAUUACCAGCAGAUUUAAAAUAUAAGUAUUUACUUGUGUGCUUUAGGUACAAAAUGGAAAGAUACUCUUUCAAUUAGAAAAAGUCGCAUACUUUA